CAACUCUCCCGGGUACACAGAGUCAGGUUUCAUUUCGUUUAUUACUUAAAUCACGGAAGAUCAGUUAACAAUUACCGAACAAGUGUACCUUUUAUCGUAUAGCCUGUUCUCAACAAUAACACAUGUGAAAUUAAAACGAGAGAAAUUAACUACAGAAGGAAAAAGUAAUUUAUUUAUAUUCAACAUGACUAUGAGUAUAGAGGACGCCUACCAGGAGGUGUGUCACACGAACGACUGCGAGGAGUUGGACAAGAACGGGGUGUAUGAGGCACUCUGUCUUGCGGGUCACAACCCCAUCUUCCAGGAGAUCGGAACAUUCUGGGAGAAGAAAAGAAAAUCAGAUUUCGAGACUAUAAAUCUCGACGAACUCAUCGAGCUGGAGGCAAGUCUUGAGGACCCCAAGAAGGCAAUGGAAGAAGCAUUUGCUGUCUUCGACAAAAAUAAUGACGGAAAGAUCGAUAAAGAAGAACUGAGAAGGAUUCUGAAGCAAAGUGACGUACCGGGCUCGGAAAUGUACUCGUACGACGAUGGAAUGGUAGAGGCAAUAUUCGCCAAGGCCGACAAAAAUGGGGACGGCUUUUUAGACAAAAAUGAACUUAUUAUGAUGAUUACGGAGGGUCAAGUGAGCUCUUCAUACUAGUAGACGCAUCCUUUGCGGCCAUGAAU